GCUACCAAAACCAGCUACCAGAAAAACCUACAGACAUGCGCAUUUAGUCUAUGAGAUGCAUUAAAAGUCCCAAGUUUCAUCAACGUAUUUCAGAGUUUUUCAGUUGCCAGCGGCUUCAGCUCCUGCCUGAAUCGUUCAACAGUAUCUUUCCUCAGCGAAUAUGGGUUCAUCAUCUCUACACCUCGCGAUGUACCCUUGGUUUGCUUUUGGCCACCUUACCCCAUGGCUCUACCUUUCCAACAAACUAGCCCAGAAAGGCCAUAGAAUCUCCUUUUUCAUCCCCACCAACACACAACCAAAGCUUGAGCCUUUGAAUCUCUACCCGGAUCACAUUACCUUUGUCCCCGUCGCUGUUCCUCAUGUUGAUGGCCUCCCUUCCGACGCUGAGACCACUUCAGAUGUGCCAUCCACUUUAUACCCACACCUUAUGACUGCCAUGGACCGGACUGAGAGUCUUAUUGAACUUCUCCUCCGUGACCUUAAACCAGACAUUGUCUUCUUUGAUUUUGCUUUUUGGGUUCCAAAAUUGACACGCAACUUAGGAAUCAAGUCAAUUCAUUACUGCGUUACCAGUACUGCAGCAGUAGGUUACAUUAGGUCCCCUGCAAGGCAACGCAGUGGUUAUCAUUCAGAAGCUGAUCUUAUGCAGCCCCCGCCUGGUUUCCCAGUACCCUCCUCCAUCCUGCUCCAUGUCCACGAAGCUCGACACUUUGCUGCAGUGGUAAACAUGAAAUUUGGCAGCGAUGUCCCUUUUCUUGAUCGCCUGCUUAAAAGCUCAGGUCAGUCUGAUGCGCUGGGAUACUGGGCAUGCAGAGAAAUUGAGGGGUCUUAUAUUGAUUAUCUUGUGAGCCAGUUUGAGAAGCCCGUGCUUAUUUCAGGACCGAUUCUAGUAGAGCCACAAGCCUCUACUUUAAAUUUAGAAGAAAAAUGGGUUCAAUGGCUAGGAUCUUUCAAGGCCGGCUCAGUAAUUUACUGUGCACUGGGAAGUGAAUGCAAGUUAACGAAAGACCAAUUCAGGGAAUUGAUAUUGGGUCUUGAGUUUAGCGGUUGGCCAUUUCUUGCAGCACUUAAACCACCCUUCGGGGCUGAGUCUGUUGAAGCGGCGCUGCCGGAAGGGUUGGAAGAGCGGAUUAAAGGAAAAGGAAUCGUGCAUGGUGGAUGGGUUCAACAACGAUUGAUUUUAGGCCACCCAUCAAUUGGAUGCUUUGUUACACACUGUGGCUCAAGUUCUUUGUUGGAAGCACUGAGGAGUCAGUGUCAGUUGGUAAUGUUACCGCAGAUGGUUGAUCAAAUUAUUACUGCAAGGAUGAUGGGCAACAAUUUGAAGGUUGGGGUAGAAGUCGAGAAAGGCGAAGAAGACGGCUUGUUCACCAAAGGAAGCGUCUCCAAGGCUGUGAGAACUGUGAUGGAGGUCGAUAGCGAGGUUGGGAGGCUGGUCAGAGCCAAUCACACUAAACUAAGAGCGCUCUUGCUUAACGAAGAUUUACAAUCAUCAUAUAUUGAUAGUUUCUGUGAGAAGCUUAAAGAUUUGGUUGGAUAAUUUCUUAGCACGUAUAUGUAGAUGCAAAUCUUUAUCCAACCAAAUCUUGAGACCGAGGGAGAGCUGGGUUCAGCGGGUCAAGCCGAUCGCUGGUGGGUCGACUCCGAUGGAGCCUGAGACGCGACUUCCGGUGACCUGAGACACAAUUUUCGGUAGUUGGAACUUGAUUUAUAAUGUAUAUACAAUGGGGGAUUUUUUUCGGUGAAAAUUGAGGUGAUUUCUUGUGUUUUUAUUGUGGAUUAUUGUUAAUCUAU